AUGCAGUCGUCGUCUUCGACAACAGAUCCUCUAUUGGUCCACUCCAAACCUCUAGAGGAUUCUCCUAUGGAGGAUUCUCAUGUGUCAAGAGUUGUGGGUUCUAAUUUGAAUUCUGAUCCUGAUAUUCCUCCGGGUUUCGAAAAUUUUCCUCCUCCUAGGUCUUCUGAUUCUUUUGCAACUUGGUCUUCUUUGUUUGAUAAGAAGAAGGAGGUUACUCUUACUGCUGAUAUGGAAUUCUUUUCGUAUCCAGUGGUUGAUGGCAAGAAGAAUAUGGAUAUUCCUUAUAAGGUUUUUGAAGAAGAUAUUCGCGAUUUUGAAUCUAAGGUUAUUGGGGCUUUUGUGGGUAGAAGAUUACCAUUUAACAUGGUUCGAAAUGUUGUUAAUCGAGCUUGGAAACCUAAAGGUACGUUACAAAUGACUAUUCAUGGAGAAAGUAUGUUCAUCUUUGACUUCAAUUCUGCAGAGGAUAGAACUCCAGCUUUAGAAAUUGGUUCUAUGUUUAUUUCGAAUAGAUUAUUCAUUGUGAAACCAUGGUCAAGAACAGUUGAACAAGAAAUUGUUGAAUCAAAAAUUGUUCCUGUAUGGAUGAACUUCAGAAAUGUUCCUUUAUUCGUGUGGAAUAAUAGAGGUUUGAGCAUGAUAGCUAGUUUCCUUGGCAAACCUUUAAUGAUGGAUACACAAACUUUAAAAAAAACUAGGAUGCGUUAUGCUAGGAUUUGUGUAGAAGUUGGAGUAGAUUGUGAAUUUCCAGAAUCAUUUACUUUUACUCUUGGUGGAAAGGAUCGUGUUGAAAUUAAAAUGGAAUACUCAUGGAAACCCCCUAAGUGCAAUGAUUGUGCAGUGUUUGGACAUGCUCAAUCUCAGUGCCCUAAGAAGAUAAAGCAAACUCCUAAAAUGGUUCAGAAAUGGAUGCAAAAACAAACUACUACUACAAUGGACGAAGAAGGGUGGAUUUCAAAAUCUAAAAAUUACAGAAUGGAUACUUCUAUGAAUUCUAGGAAUACAAAUGAUGAGCCUAUUCAUAUAUUGAUAGAUAAGGAAGUUGUGAUUCCAGAGCAAGUCGUUAAUGUCUUACAAGAGUUACCUUCUAGUACACCUAAUCAAGUCAAUGAUCUCAUUCAGUCGAAUCCUUUCAUUUUUCUGGAUAAUUGUAUGGAGAUUUCUCAGGAGCAGCCAUUUAAUCACAAUAAGGAAAACUUUCAGACCAUCUUACAAGCAUCUCAACAGAAGUCUUCCGAGUCAACUUCUGGAUCUAGAGCCCACUUCCAAAAGGAGGGAACAGUUCCUCAACAAUUUAAUUAG